AUGGCGGUGAUUUUUGCGUGGCGAGUGUCACAUUGCUUUUAUCGACACUUUUCCCGUCAUCUUUUAGUAAACAGCAUUUUUCGUUCUGCAAGUUAUUUACCACAAACUAGAAUAAUCUUAUAUUGUAAAAGAUCUCUUUGCGGCUACGCACAGAAUAAUGCCUCUAAACUGGGCUUGAUUGAACAGAGUUCCAAGUUUCAACUUGUUUUUACGUGCAAAGUAUGCGACACACGAUCGAGGAAGGUUAUCAGUAAACAAGCUUAUACCAAAGGAGUGGUUAUCGUCAAAUGCCCUGGCUGUAACAAUAAUCACUUGAUAGCUGAUAACCUAGGAUGGUUUUUCAAUGACGAAAGGUGAGAGUAAUUUGCAAAACUUGUUCUUUUUUAUAAUUAUCAGCAGAACUGGUGCUUUCAUGGCAUCGUUUUUAAGAUUAAUUUUGCUACAAUUUUUGACAAUUUUCGGUUGGUAUGUAUAGACAAUUAUAGCAAUGGGCCAAACAAAACUUUCCACUGCAAGACCAAGCAUCACUUAUGUGGCCCAUCCUGAAUCGAAGCCAGAAUACAAGUACUGUAUACAUGGACUGUAUUACAAAAAAUGAUAGGCUUUGUACUACUACAUGAGAAAUUUCUGCAAUUUGAUUGGCUUAGAGCAGUGGUAUUUCAGCUUAAUUUGAAAUACCUGCAUGUGAAAAUUACAAACCUUUUGUGGUAGUAGUAUAAACAAAUAAUAGCAUGAUUUGUAUGUGUUAUUUGGUAUGAAUACUACUUGUGAUAUUUCAAAAUUGUCUCAAAUUUCACUCGCCUCAUUGCUUGUGAAAUUACGUGUAACAUUUUCGAAAUAUCACUUGUGGUAUUUAUGCUAAACAUCACAUCAUGCUAUUACUUAUACUAAUUGUUUCAAGCUCGUUCCCAGGGUUCUCUCCUACCGGCCCUUCGGAGCGAGAGAGAGAGAGACCCUGGAAAAAGUUGGUCACAUGUCUCCCAGAAUCUGGGAGAUUACAAACAAAUGAUUUGGGGGAGGGGCAGGUAAGUGUGAGAUUUGUCUCUACAGAGCGUAGACAGGUCAGUGCAGCCAUCAAACUGUGUACCUGACCUGAUCUUCAACACGGAAAAUAAUGGACAAAGUCCUUUGACAGCGAAAGUGUAACUUCCUGCAGAUUAUCUGGAUGUUAAUUGGAUGUUUAUCAGCGAUGCUUUCAUUUGGCACAUGCAACGGAAAUCACGGAGGAUUGACCGUUUGCGCAGUCGAAAAUAAUUUAGGUAUCCUGGUAGUAGUAUUCAUACUGAAACGCACUAGAUUUGAAUUGCCGUUUAUAUGUUGUGCAGGCCACUUUAGAAAACAAAUGUACAGUAUCUGUAUGUGUUUUCAAGACUACUGUUAUGCAAGGCGCCGAAAACAUGUAUCAAGCGUUGCUGUCCUCACCCUCGACCUCAAACUGCCUCAAAGCAACAGGAAGAGAAUACACGGCUUGGACAGUCAGGCUGAUUGUUAGCUAUUGUUCAAAUGGAAAGAGGUAAAGAGAAUCUUGAAAGAAAAUAUUUUUAGUCAAGGCUCUGUGUUUUUGCAUUUUUUGUCGUCGUUUAUAAUUACCAGGAUAGCCGUAAGCUUCUUUGUUAAAAAAUACUGUAUGAUAUGGCUUGCACAAUUGCCAACCGUUUAAUGUUCCUUAUUAAUUUUCUGGAUGUUUAGGUAUGCUUUAGAGGAUUUUUAGAAAUCACUGAGCCACAUGUGCUUUUAAAUAAAGUUUUCAUAUUGGCCAUAAACAAGAAAGCCUUUCGCUUGGAAGGUUAUGUUGUCUGUUUUGUCUCUGUUUAUACUAUUUCCUGUUGUCUUACAUGUCGCGUUGGUAUAUAAUAUAUUAUUACUUUUAUCUUUGAUCUAUUUACGACUUUUCUUUUGCCGCAUCAAGACAAAGGUUAGGGGGUGGAAAAUGCUUACAUUUUAGGCUAUAGCUUUCCAUGAAGUCACUAGAUCUAAAAUAUUACUUUGAUCGUAAAUGUAUUAACUGAAUUUCUUGCUCUCAAUGUAACUGCCAUGGUUUUGUCAUGCCGAACCGCUAAGACCGCAAAUAGUGUAGGUUUAUUUGGCCCGAUUACCAGCCGCUGUAAAGACAAACAUUGAAACUGUUAAUAGAGAAGUUCAACAUACAGGGAUUUUUUUACAUUCAAAAUUUAACUCGCUUGUGUAUAACUCAAGAUCGUAGAUUUUUAGCGAUUGGUGUCAUCGGUUAAACCAGCGACAAUGCUAGUUUUUGAUUCCUUCUCUGGUAAUUCACUUGUUUAUCUGAUGGUUUUAUUUAGGCAGGAAUUUCCUUUGGUUUCAGUUAUAGUUGUAGUAGGGUUAGCAAAUCUAUCUUGCUGUUGCAAUCACUACAUCGUGAAUAAACCAGACAAAAAAAUGUGAGACAAAGGACUCCUCCCUCAGAAAUAAUUUUGUUCUGGAGCCACGUGACCAGCGUUUUCCAGGGUCUCUCUCUCUCUCGCUCCAAAGGCCGGGUAGGAGAGAACCCUGGGAACGAGGUUGUAAUUGUUUGUGUUGAAGUAUUUUUUUGUGCACUUUGUAAUAUGAUGUCCCAACAUAUGAGAAGAAUCUCUACUCUGUCAAAUGUACAGUACAUGUACAGUAUACAUCAACACAAAAGAUUUCCUCUGAAAAUUAAAUUUGCUGCUGCUGCAUGUGAUCAGUCUUGUUGUAUGGAUGGAAAAUCCAUCCUGAUACUGAGUCAGACUGCACAUGAUAUAUUGGCAUCAAAGUUACUUCAUAGAUCUUCUGUUAGUCAGGCAUAAUAAUUAUUCACAGGGUUUUAGCAAUCUGUUAUGCUUCAUGUAGUGCAAAAAUUUAUCAAUGAAGUACAUUUUGAUGUCUCAGAAAACACAAAGAUAGGAGUUAUCCUCUCUUAUAACCCUACAAAGUCAUGUUGUUGUAAAAAGUUGUGGAAUUUUUACAAUCAGUUAUUGAUUUUGCUAGAUAAUGCCUUCAUGUACAUGGAUUAUUGUUGUGGAUAGCAUUUUUGGUAUUUAAAAAUAUAUCUUCUGAAAAAUAUACAUGUAGAAGUUUUCCAAAUGGUCAGAAAUUGGAGGAAUUUUUAAAACACCAAUGUAAUCUGUGCUUGCCUCUUGGUAAGGGAGGAAAAACAACAAAGCCGAGUGCUUCAGACAACAGCAGAAUGUGUGAUUUUAUUUUUAAACUACAGUUCACAUUGUACAAUAAGCCUUGAAACUCAAUUGGACAGAAAGUCUGAAUAUCAUGUCCUCUAUGAUAGUUAUGAGUGUAAUAUUGUUCUUCCAAAAAACAAACAGUUGAUAAAACAGACUUUUACCAAAGCCCAUUGGUAGCACACGAAAAGCCUUCCAGAAAAUUUGCCAAUGCCACAUAUUUUAAAUUUUGUCCAUCAAAUGAUGGCUUGUUAACAAAGAGGUAGCAUUUACAAUGAACAAUCUAUGGGGUUCAAGGGCAUAUCCCAGACCCUUGAAAACGUUCUCAUGCUACAGUGUACAACCCUGCAUUACUUGCACACCAGUGAUAUAUGUUGUGGUUCAAUUUUCUCCUCAGUUUACAUUUUAUUUCCCUUUGUUUUGAAGUCAUUAUCGCACAUUACCAUACCCCAAAACAAAGAGAAAUAAAGUUUAAACCAAGGAUAAAUUGAAUAAGAAUUGAGGAAAAAGUGCCCUUAAAUCCUCCUUAUCAGGCAUUUUUGGAAAAUGUUGACCUUUACAGGGCUGGUGAAAAGCACAUGCUGAAUAUAAUUAUGAUAUAGUUAUUUUGUUGAACAAAUUUAUCGAUUCCUUUUUUUGAGCUAACAAACUUGAACUGCAUGUAAAAAGUCAGUGUUUAUGACUUUUGGUGUGUGUGCAGUUUGAAACAUUUCUGAUACAUUAAGACACAAAAUCAGAAAACUAGACCUGCCAGACUACGUUACCAAUAAUGCUAAAGUGCUGUAGAAUUUGCAGUGAACAGAUCAGAUGGAAAAAUAAAUGUAUCUUUUUAAAAGCAGGUUACAGUAGUUUUGUAAAUAUUCACAUUUCUAGCAUUUUAGUACUGUCGCUUCAUUCUGGUUUUGACUGUCCCAAGAAAUCCAAUUGAGCAAUCUUUUUUAGUUAGUUAAAAUGUGUUUUCACUUUUUUACAUGUAACCAUACACUGUUGACCCUUUUUGCUGUAUGUACAUGUAAAUCAGUUGUACAUGCAUUUUAUGAUUAAAUUGCCUAUAAAAUCCCUAUUUCACAAAAUACAUUUUCUAUUUAUUUUAUAGGAAUAUUGAGGACAUACUCGCUGAAAAAGGAGAGACAGUGAAGAGGGUUUUAGAUAGUGAUUCCCAAGAGUAUUUUAUUGAAGUUGAAAAGAGCGAUGAAGAUGAACAUGGACAAAUCACCGACAACAAUACAGACAAUAAGAACACGUAA